CUAAUUUAAAUAGGUUAUUUAAUAUAUGCCUGAGAUCUGGAAUGUAACUCUUUCUGCUUAUAUCUGCUUAUAUAAUUUAACACAAGUCUACGCACAUUUGCAAGCAUUACGAUUAAGAUUAAUAUUAGGGGUGCCCGUUAUUCGAACAUUUUUUGCCGGAUGUUUUGUUGUUGUGUGUCGAUGUUUCACUGGCAAUGUAGCCACCAGCCACCAUUAGCGGGUCUUCCAACAGGAAAAAGCGCCAACUGCUGUUUCUACACCGUCUGAAUCGUCAAACAAGUAAAUGGCUCAAAAACUGGAUAUUUCGUGAAAUAUAUGAAACUUCAAAGUGGAUUAACUCAUUCAGGUACCGGAAAAAGGAUGCCAGGUCUGCAGGGGGAAAAUGUUGUGGCUGCGCUAGGGAGCCCCAUCAAGAGGAGUAAACUGUCUCUGAAGUUCCUCCAGAAGAAAGAAACCAAACGGGCUCUGGAUUUCUCUGAACCUCAAGCAGAUGAACCCAAAACAGUUGAACAAGAGGAGCCUGAGGCAAGCAGCUGCGAUCAGGUGGUCCCUGGUCCUUCUCCAUGUCCAGCCUCACCUGGCCUUUUGCUCCCAUCUGAGAAGAGAGAGACCUUGGUGCCAUUUGUGGGACUCAACAACUUGGGCAACACCUGCUAUUUGAACAGCGUCUUACAGGUGCUGUACUACUGCCCAGGGCUCCGAGACGGUGUUAAGAAACUGUACAACCUGUCUAAAAGAAAAGACAAACCAAAGGAAGAAACUGAUAAAAGCGAAGAGCAGUCAGAAGUUGUGGCUGAAGAUGUGUCUGCUCAAAUUGAGCUCCUUGGGAGCUUCAGCGGUCUGAUAGCAUCAGUGGAGCAGCUGCAGUCCAGCUUUCUGUUAAACCCCGACAGCUUCAGUGAUGGAGAACUCGCCACUCCGCCUCGAAAAAUACUCCACACACUCAGGCAGCUGAACCCUAUGUAUGAGGGCUAUCUUCAACAUGACGCUCAGGAGGUGCUGCAGUGCAUCCUGGGAAAUAUCCAGGAGGCUUGUGUCACCAUCAGAAAGGAGUUGGAUCUGGAGGAUGCCGACGAGACUGAGGUUAAACUUGAGGCUGGUGUCCAUUUGGGUUCAAGCAGCCCUGCGACAGAAUCCAAAACUCCCCCAGAAGAGGACGGCCAAGUCAGUGGCAAAAGAAAGAGUGACACUGAAGUGGGAAAUGCUAAAAAGAAGCCAAAAUCUGUCAAGUCUAAGAAGUCUGAUGAAGAGGAUAAUAGACCCUUCACUCGCUCCAAAAGGAAGUCCUCCAGUGACAUCACAAUGGACGGCACCCGGGACAAAGAUAAAGAGGAGGCAGAGAAUGAAGGGAUGAAGAAACUGAAUGGGGAGGAGGACAAAGGGAGUGACAGUGAAGGGAAAGGUGAACAGGCAUCUAAAGAGUCUGAUGGGAAAAGAAAGAAGAGAUCUAAGCUGAGCUGGCUGAGGCCUUCUGGGAAACAGCCGAGUAUUUUCUCCAAGUUCCUCAGCGUGGGGAAGAUCAGCUCCGCGAGUGUGAAGAACCAAAACAAACCAGAGCAGGAGAAUGGACUGACCGACGACCAAAGUCCGAAUGAGAAGACCAGUGUGGAGAGUUCACCACACAACGUGGCUGGAGACAAGAAGGCAGUAAAACUUCACGAGGGCCUGGACCUGAUGGAGCACUUGUUCCAGGGCCGGCUGGUUCUUAGGACUCGCUGUCUGGAGUGCGAGAGCUUCACGGAGAGGAGAGAAGACUUCCAGGACAUCAGUGUCCCAGUGCUCGAUGACGAACCCAGCAGCCCAGACGACCUUUCUGAUGUCUCUCCUGAUCCCAAACCAGAGGCGAAGACGCUGAAAUGGGCCAUCGCCCAGUUUGCUUCAGUGGAGCGCAUCGUUGGGGAGGACAAAUACUUCUGUGAGACGUGUCACCAUUACACCGAGGCUGAGAGAAGUCUGCUGUUUGACAAAACUCCUGAAGUGAUCACCAUUCACCUGAAGCGCUUCUCUGCCAACAGUCUGGACCUGGACCCAUAUGCAGGUCUGUCGAAAGUGAACACUCCCUUGCAAACCCCGCUGACCUUGUCUCUGGAGGAGUGGUGCACCCGGCCCUCAUCCACUGAUGGCCAACGCUAUCAGCUGUUUGCCGUGGUCAUGCAUAGUGGUGUCACCAUCAGCAGCGGCCACUACACCGCCUUCGUCCGCAUGUCUGAUCUGAAAGAAGCGAAGCUCCUGCUGCAGGACGGAAAAGAAACCGAGGAAGAGGAGAGGGAGAGUAAAGAGGAAACGCGGGUGAAAGACAAAGCCCUGGACUAUGAUGAUGGGGAGGUGUCUUUCAGCCUGAAUGCGAGGGGUCAAAGGGGCGCGAGUUUGGCUAGCAGCAAAACACGAGGAAAGAAGCUGUCGGAGGGCGGGGUCGGACUCCUGGGGGGCCAGAGGAGUCUGUCUAGCUGUGAGCUUGGGAGCAGCAAACGCACGGAAAAAGCCGCCAGCAGUGGAUCAACCGAGGGAUCCAAACGGAGGAAACCCGUCAACAGCACGGGCCAAAAAACUGAAGCAGGACUAAACAAGGAGGCUAGAGUAGGAGAGGAGGAAUUAACUCCUUCCCGUGGCGGCGUGGAGGCCACCGAGCAGCAGGCUUUGAACAACCUCCUUGAAUAUGAGGGAAAAUGGCUGCUGUUUGAUGACUCGGAGGUGCGUUUGUUUGAGGAAGAGGAUUUCCUGCAAGCCUGCUCUCCUGAGAUGUCCUCUUCAUCGACGCCGUACCUGCUGUUCUACAGAAGGAUGCCUGAACACGGACGCUAACACUGUGCACACUGUUGACUUUGUGGAGGAGGGGGCGGGGGGGGGGGUUGUUGUGCCAGACUUGCUCUUUGCCAAGAAUACUGAGGCAGUGAUAUUAGCAACUGGACUGAAGAGACCUUUCACAGAGCAAACAGUCUGGUCUCCGUGUGGGACCAAGGCUGUUUAGAGCUUUUAGAGGACUCUCACCUCAGUCAGUCUGUCAAUUUAGGUUCAAAGUCAGAUUUUAGAAAUACACCGACAACUUUCUACGUGCUGGGAUUACUUCACCUUUUGAGAGGAUUUUUCUUUUGUAUGUGUGUGUGUGUGUGACUUUUGUAAACUUUAAGUACAGUCACCUGCCUUUUUGCUGUCUGUACUAUUAUUUCUUGGACACUGGCUUUGAUACUUUCUGUCAUCUACACACGUCACGUUUUAUGUUUUCUUUUUAAAAAUUGGAAAAGCACUAAAAGUCCUUUUUUUUUUUUUUUUUUUUUUCUAGCUGAAUAAGUUUCUAAAAUUCAUAUGCAUUUACAAGAGGCCAUCGGUGUUGUGUAUGUUUAGGAAUAGAUCACUCAACUAAAAGCCAAAAUAAGAGCCAAAUAGUUCCCAUACCAACUCCUCAAAAAGUUUCUGCUUUGCACUGAUUCCUUACACUUUUUCUAUUCUAUUUUCUAUUUCUAUUACAUAAAACACACUCAAAUGUUAAUAUAUGCCAAGCUAUACAUAUUUUGUCGGUAACAUAAUUUAUACACAAAUAGCGGGGUGCUAAGUUUCUCUCUCGGUCCAGACAUCAGAAGCUUUUUAAACUUAAAAAUGUAUAUUUCUUCAAUUAGCUGUAAAGGUUUUUAGACUAUACGUUCAGCAAGAUGAUAAACUGCCUCGUACAUCUUUCAUAUCUAAUUUAGUGUGUAACUAUCAAUUUGCAUAUUUCAAUGUGCAAACGAGGAUCUGAAAUCAGGAUCUGUUUUAUGUAAAGGGUGAGUUUCUUAAUUUAGAGAAGGAAGGUUCAAAUCCCCGCUCAGUGAGAGUCUGACUUCCACAGCAUCCGACCUACCUUAACUUCUGUUUUCCUACUUUUCAAGAAAAGGAUCUAAGUUAAUUUUAGACAAAACAAGCACUAAACAUUUGAGCAGUAAUCCCACAGGGACGGAUUUGAGACUAAAACAAGUUUGAAAGGAGGCAAAUCUUUGACACAUCUGAACGUCUGCACGCCGACAUCUACACACGUCACGCAGUGUUUCAGCCGAGAUGCAUUCGAUGCCAGCAACUGGAUUUCAGCAUUUCUUUUUUUACACGCUGUAGCCAGCUCGCUCUCGUGUUCAGGUGCUCACAGUUAGCCAAAACAAGCAAAAUUCAAAGUUAACGCUAACUCUCAGAACUUGUGAAUCUGUCCCUGUAAAUGCUCAUCAGACUUUCCUAUUCAUAAAGGAAUAUGUUUUGUGCUUGUUUAGUGUUUCUUGUCAUGAAUAUUACAUAACUUUGUGUGGAAAAAUAGUCAUUCAAAUAUUCAGUAAAAGGUGACAUUGUUCAUUUCAGGUUCUACAGCAGAGUGUUUAUAAGUCCAAUCAUGGUUUCAGGGAUUAUUAUUUAGCUUAGUGAGUAUUCCCCUUUAUGGGUCAUAUUCAGUUAUUUCAGUAUGAAUCAUAAAUACAUGGGAUAGGUUUCCAGAGCAAGUUUUGGAAUUUAACAAAGUUAAAUAUAACAUGACAAUGGCUGUCUACUUUAAACUCCUAAAUCUAAUUCUGUUAUAUUAAUGUUGGCAGGUUCAUUCUAUAAGCAAUAAAGUUUUUCCCUUCACAUGUC